ACAAAUCCGAGUCUUUGCCCCGUUCAAAACCUACCGAAAUUAAAUCCCACAGAAACUCCACUUCCUCUUCGAUAAAAACCCCAAACCCAACCCCUCUUUUCUUAUUGUUAUUCAGUAAAAUCCGCCACAGCAGAAUCAAAUUCCUGCGACUUAGAAGAUGGAGGAGGAAUUCAACUCCCAACUCCCAACUCCUCCUCUCGAUCCUCUCUUUUUCAAUCAAAAUUCUGACCAAAACGACAACUUAAACGUUCCAGAUCUGUCCUCUGAUUUCGAGGACAUGUCCGAUUUUGACAUCACCUUUGAUGAUCUCACUGACCUUUACUUCCCUUCCGAGAACGAGCAGUUCCUUAUCCCUGACAACAAUGCGGUCAGCCCGGACAUGGGUCGAUCAGAUAACCCGGGUUUUGAAACCGGCUCUCUUGAAGGUUGUUUAGGGGUUUUUGAUUCUAAUCCCGUGAAUUUGGAGUCGCCGGAGUCUGGUGGAUCUGGGAUAUGUGGUGAUCAGGGCGGCUUGGAGGUUGAUAAGUAUCUUAAUCCUUCACCGUCGGAGGCUGGGAGUUGUGAUUCGGGUGGGUCUGAUAGUCGAAGCUCUGAUUUGGGUCCUGCUUCGUCUCACGGGUCUGGGAAUUCUGGGUCGGGUGUGUUGAAUGCGGGUUCGCCGGAAUCAGGUACGAAUGGCAAUCCCUGUAAUUAUGUUGUUGAUCAGAAACUUGUGAAAACUGAAACUGACAGUGCGAGAAUCUUGAAAAAUGAUAAAAUUGCGUUGACUAAGAGGAAAAAAGAAAUGGGUGAUGGAGAAAAUGGAGACGUUAUGCGGAACUUUAAGUCCCGGAAAGCUGAGGGUGAAGAUGUGAGUGUUAAUGUUGGUGGGGGUGUGGUUUCGAGUGAAGAAGAGGAGAAGAGGAGGGCGAGGUUGGUGAGGAAUCGGGAGAGUGCGCAUUUGUCUAGGCAAAGGAAGAAGCAUUAUGUUGAGGAAUUAGAAGAUAAGGUGAGAGCAAUGCAUUCGACUAUAGCUGAUUUGAAUGGUAAAGUUUCCUAUUUUAUGGCUGAAAAUGCUACUUUGCGACAACAAUUGAAUGGGAACAGUGCGUGCCCGCCACCAAUGUAUGCACCCAUGGCGCCUUAUCCAUGGGUGCCGUGUGCGCCUUAUGUUGUUAAGCCUCAAGGGUCUCAAGUGCCAUUGGUUCCGAUUCCUAGGUUGAAACCGCAACAAGCUGUUCCUAUGGCAAAGACUAAGAAGGUUGAGAGUAAGAAAGGCGAGGGUAAAACUAAGAAGGUUGCUAGUGUUAGUUUGAUUGGUUUGGUAUUUUUUAUUUUGUUGUUUGGUGGGCUGGCUCCUAUGGUGGAUGUUAAAUUUGGUGGAGUUAGAGAGAGUGGAAUUAGUGGGUUUGGUUUUGGUAGUGAGAGGUUUUUGGAUCAGCAUAAGGGAAGGGUUUUGAUUGUUGAUGGGCACUCAAAUGGGUCGCAUGAAAAUGUCGGUGUUGGGUUGUCGAAUGAUAAAAUACAGUGUUUGAGAGGUCGUACAGGGUGUCCAGAGCAUGAUUCUGCAAAUAAAGGGGCUGCUGAGCAUUUACCUGGAUCAGAUGAAUUUGGUCAGUUUGGUAAUGCUAGUGAACAGCUCGUUGCAUCUUUAUAUGUGCCAAGAAACGAUAAGCUUGUGAAGAUAGAUGGAAACUUGAUAAUUCAUUCUAUUCUGGCAAGCGAGAGAGCUAUGGCCUCUCAUGAAAGUCCUGAAGUGAAUAUCACUAAGCAGACAGCACUGGCUAUUCCUGAUGUUGGUAACAAUAGAGGGAGGCAUUCUCAUGUGUACCGAACUCAUGCUGAGCGACAGAAGGCCCUUGCUUCUGGAUCUGCCGACACUUCAAAGGACAAUUUGAAGUCAUCUGCAGCUAAAGGCAAACUGCAGCAGUGGUUCCGUGAAGGCCUUGCAGGGCCAUUGUUGAGUUCGGGUAUGUGCACUGAAGUGUUCCAGUUUGAUGUCUCACCAACACCAGGAGCCAUAGUUCCUGCUUCCUCAGUUGCCAAUGUGACAGCAGAGCACCAGAAGAACAAUUCUACUCGCCUCAACAAGGGGAGGAAUAGAAGGAUCCUCCGUGGCCUUCCAAUUCCUCUCGCGGGAUCGGAUCUCAAUAUCACUGGAGAACACGUGGGAAGGAAAACUCAUAAGGAGAGCUUUCAGGGUAAUAAAUCGGUUUCUCCAAUGGUUGUCUCUGUCCUUGUUGAUCCUAGAGAGGCUGGCGACAGUGAUGUUGAUGGCGUAAUCACCCCAAAGUCACUUUCUCGGAUUUUUGUAGUCGUGCUCGUAGACAGCAUAAAAUAUGUAACUUAUUCGUGCGUGCUUCCUAGCAUUGGUCCUCACCUAGUUACAACUUGAGGAUGGCAAGAAGUUGGGUUUACUGUAAACUUACCCAACUUCGGCACCCAGUUUUGUAUAUAGGAGAAUAACAGUAUCAGUAGCCACUCUAACCUCAUGUACUCUCAAAAACUUAUUUAUCAUCCUUAACAUUUCCUUGCCAUAA